AUGUGGCCGCCCCUGUUCCGCAGCUGGCGGGGGGACCCCACGGAGCGGGAGGGCUCCACCGAGGCGGGGCGUCCCGCCAGGGAAACUGAGGCCCGCAAGGCCGGGAAGGAAGGGGCCCUGCCCCAGGGCGAGGGCGGCCUGCGGCUGCGGAGGGGCGGCCGGGAGGGAUCGGCGACGCGCUCGCGCUCUCCCGCAGGCCGGAGCUGCUACGUCCCUCCACACCUGCAGCAGGAGGGACAGUGGUCAGACGCCGAGAAGGACUUCCCGGCUGCAUCAGGCGCCCAACUGGCGGCGCAAGGGGACGACGGCGUCGUUCUCCGGGGCUGCAGGCGACUGACCCGAGACCCCGGCCAGGGGACCCACCCGCGGGUGGCCUCGGCCCCCCACCCGGGCGUCCCCGCUGGGUGCGGCCACCCGUGUCUGCGUGAGCCCGCCGCCCCACCCUCCCCACGGCCCUCCCGCGGCCGCCACCCCGGCGGGCUCCCGUGCCCCCUGCACCCCGAGGAGCUCCCGUCCACUCUGCACCCCGAGGAGGGGCUCCCGUGCCCCCUGCACCCCGAGGGGCUCCCGUCCUCUCUGCACCCCGAGGAGGGGCUCCCGUGCCCCCUGCAUCCCGAGGGGCUCCCGUCCUCUCUGCACCCCGAGGAGGGGCUCCCGUGCCCCCUGCAUCCCGAGGGGCUCCCGUCGACUCUGCACCCCGAGGAGGGGCUCCCGUGCCCCCUGCACCCCGAGGGGCUCCCGUCGACUCUGCACCCCGAGGAGGGGCUCCAGUGCCCCCUGCACCCCGAGGGGCUCCCGUCCUCUCUGCACCCCGAGGAGGGGCUCCCGUGCCCCCUGCAUCCCGAGGGGCUCCCGUCGACUCUGCACCCCGAGGAGGGGCUCCCGGGCUCCCGUCGACUCUGCACCCCUGAGGAGGGGCUCCAGUGCCCCCUGCACCCCGAGGGGCUCCCGUCCUCUCUGCACCCCGAGGAGGGGCUCCCGUGCCCCCUGCACCCCGAGGGGCUCCCGUCGACUCUGCACCCCGAGGAGGGGCUCCCGUGCCCCCUGCACCCCGAGGGGCUCCCGUCCUCUCUGCACCCCGAGGAGGGGCUCCCGUGCCCCCUGCACCCCGAGGGGCUCCCGUCCACUCUGCACCCCGAGGAGGGGCUCCCGUGCCCCCUGCACCCCGAGGGGCUCCCGUCCACUCUGCACCCCGAGGAGGGGCUCCCGUGCCCCCUGCACCCCGAGGGGCUCCCGUCCACUCUGCACCCCGAGGAGGGGCUCCCGUGCCCCCUGCACCCCGAGGGGCUCCCGUCCUCUCUGCACCCCGAGGAGGGGCUCCUGUGCCCCCUGCACCCCGAGGGGCUCCCGUCCACUCUGCACCCUGAGGAGGGGCUCCAGUGCCUCCUGCACCCUAAGGGGCUCCCGUGCCCCCUGCACCCGAGGAGGGGCUCCCGGCCACUCCGCACCCCGAGGCGCCGGCCGGCCUGCGGGUCCCCUGGCUCCUCUGCCUUGAAUCCCCUGGGUGAGCCUUCGUCUGAGGGCGGGGACACCGCGUGGUGGGCACCCGGCAGGCAGCAGGGACCCCACGUACAGCCUGGGGGGAGGCGCUGGCUGCGGGUCCUGCGCUUCCUGACGCGUGACCUCGCCCGCGGGGCGCCCCCCCCCCCCCCCCCCGUGAAGGGGACCGUGCCCCCGCCGCGUCACCCGCUUCCCGGCGGCGGAGGUGACGACGCGGUGGCACUUGGUUGUACGCAAGCUGUGAGCUGGGGGGGCCAAGCCACGCACACGCGGCGUCCCGGGCGGGCUUGGGCACAGCCGCGGUCGCACGCACGCGCGUUGGGGCUCCUGCAGGAGCGAGGUCCCGGCGGCGGGGGCCACAGCGGAGACCCCGCGGCCAGCAGGGGGCGCCCGGGCCCGCUCCGCCCCGCCGCCGCCUCCCCGGGCCGGGCCGCCUCCCGCGCGCCCUCUGCCGGCCGCCGGCUUCGCGACUUGGCGCCGCGCGACCCCUCCCGUGGGGCGGCCGUGGGAGUCCCGCACCCUGGGCCCCGCGGCGCGGCCCGACAGCCCCCACCGGCCGCGCUCCGGGUCUCGGGGAGCCCCUGCCGCUCGGCCGGCCCCCUGCCCGCGGCACCUUCCAGAAUCUUCUAA